AUGGCAGGCAUCUUUGGGCAAGGCCGCAACGGCACUCUGUUCCUAGGAGGGCAAAAGAUCAGUGGCAGCGAUAUUCGCGACCAAAAUGUCCUCGCCACCCAAGCCAUUGCGAACAUCGUCAAGUCUUCGUUCGGCCCGUCAGGACUGGACAAGAUGAUGGUGGACGACAUUGGUGAUGUGACAGUCACCAACGACGGGGCUACCAUCCUCUCACUCCUCAACGUCGAGCACCCAGCUGGCAAGAUCCUCGUCGACCUGGCCCAACAGCAAGAUAAGGAAGUUGGAGAUGGCACGACGAGUGUGGUCCUCAUCGCUGCUGAACUGCUACGCCGCGGAAACGAGCUUAUGAAGAUGCGCAUACACCCUACCACCAUUAUCACCGGGUACCGAUUAGCACUCCGAGAAGCUGUGCGAUAUAUGAACGAGAACGUGAGCACAAAGGUGGAGACACUCGGACGGGAGAGCUUGAUCAACAUCGCGAAGACGUCGAUGAGCUCCAAGAUCAUUGGUGCCGAUUCAGACUUCUUUGCGAACAUGGUCGUGGAUGCCAUCACAAGCGUGAAGACCACCAAUGCCAGAAAUGAGGUCAGAUACCCAGUCAAGGCAGUGAACGUGCUCAAAUCGCACGGAAAGAGCGCUACAGAGUCGAUGCUAGUAAAAGGCUAUGCUUUGAAUUGCACUGUUGCCAGCCAAGCGAUGAAGACGAGAAUCACAGAUGCCAAGAUUGCGGUGCUGGAUAUGAAUCUGCAGAAAGAGCGCAUGAAGAUGGGCGUGAAUGUGGUAAUUGACGAUCCAGCACAGUUGGAGAAGAUUCGGGAGCGUGAGAGCAGCUUGGUGGUGGAAAGAGUGGAGAUGAUCUUGAAGGCAGGCGCGAACGUGAUCUUCACAACCAAGGGUAUCGACGACUUGUGCUUGAAGCAUUUCGUGGAGAAGGGAGCGAUGGCAGUGAGGAGGUGUAAGAAGGAGGAUUUGAGGCGGAUAGAAAAGGCGACCGGGGCUACAAUGAUCUCGACGCUCGCAGACAUCAACACGGGUGAUGAGGUGUUCGACCCCAAGGCGCUCGGUGAGGCGAAGGAGGUUGUGCAAGAGAGGAUAUCGGACGACGAGUGCAUUCUUGUGAAGGGUCCCAAGGUGCAUACCGCAGCAUCCAUCAUCCUACGAGGUCCCAACGAGUACUCUCUGGACGAGAUGGAGCGCUCUGUACACGAUUCGCUCUCUGCCGUCAAGCGCACGCUUGAGUCCGGACGCAUCGUGCCAGGUGGUGGUGCUGUUGAGACCGCCUUGCACAUCUACCUCGAGGAGUGGGCGACAUCAGUGGGCUCACGAGAACAGCUCGCCAUCGGUGCAUUUGCUGCUUCCUUGCUCGUCAUUCCAAGCACACUUGCGGUCAACGCUGCAAAAGACUCGUCAGAACUGGCUCUGGCGAAGGCAAAGGGCUACAAGAAUUACGGACUUGACCUCUCCAAGGGCAAAGUGCACGAUUGCGUCAAGGCAGGCGUGCUCGAGCCUUCCAUGUCGAAAGUCAAGCAGCUCAAGUCUGCUGUGGAAGCAUGUGUUGCGAUUAUGAGAAUUGACACGUUGAUCAAGCUGGAUCCGGAGCAGAGAGGCGAUCCUGGCGACGACGGACAUGGUCACUAG